ACCAUAUUUAGCUAAUAAUUAUGCGCGUUUAUAAAACAUAUUAAAACCGAACAAAACGAAAAAAAAAACAAUAAAUAACUAAAGCAACUAAUAUUUCUGGACUAUUUUGCGCGAGCCUGCCUCGGCGUCCUUUUUCGUUUGGCAGAUGAGACUGAAAAACCAACAAAAAAAAAAGAAGAAAAAGAGCCGGAGAGCCAGAGAGCAACCACCGAAAACGGCACACAUAAACACACACACUCUCGAGCGGCUGGGAGACGACGUGAGGAAGAGCCAGAGAGCGGGAGAGCGGAUGAGAGGCGGCAGCAGUGUUGCCAGGUAAUGCAAUGAAAAUUUGAGCUAUAUAAGCUACUAAAUAAUUUUCAUUUGCUUAACCAUUUGGACAAGAUGUCAUUUCAAUUAUUAUUGUCGAUUUCUGGAGGACUAUUGGUCAUCAUUUUAAUUGCAAAUAACUGCAGUGCCAAGCGCAAAUGGGACUAUGAACCCUUGACCAUCAAUGCAUAUUCCUCGGAUGAGAGUAUGUUGAAGAUUGUUGCAAAGGUCGAAAGAGUUGCACGGGGCGAGUUUGCGGUUUCAGCAAAAGUUGAUUAUAAUUACAUUCCCGAUGACACAACCAUGGUGGAGGCAGUGGCCCACCGAAGCAGUUCCGGUGCUGAAAGUGACUACAAACUAAUCCCCUUUAAUAUUCCGAAACAAUCCUGGGAGGAGUUCAUGAACACCCACUACAAGGAUAUGGUAAUACCUAACCUGGGCGAUUGCUCCAAUCUGAUCAAAUUUGAGGGCAAGUACGAUGGUAACUGGCCCAAGCAGGUGUACACUCUGGACAAGUGUGUGGCCAAUAGCGAUGGCUUUCCGGAAGUGGUGCCCGAGGGCUUCUACAGGAUCAACUUCACUGUGACGGGUCCUGUGGACUGGGGAUUUGUGUUAAUCGUUAAGAUUUCCACCAAACUAAUGUGAUCUCGACUUGAAAUACUAUCGUCUCCCUAUCCAAAAUGACAUAUUGCAAUGAUAUAUGGUAGCAUGUAGAAUUUAAUAAAUGCAGCAUCAAAGAAAUAACGAUU